UCACUUUCUUGUUCUUGUUCUACAGAAUUAAGCGCGAGCAAUAUGUGUUAACACACAGUUCGUUACUGAUCCCGUAACAUAUCGUGUGAAUCAGAUUUUCAUUAGUUAGUAUUCGGCAAUUCAAUGGCGCGCUAUUAUAAACUGCAUCUACUUGUAUUUUGUUUAUUGAUUCGACCGGGGAAAAAUUCGGAAGUCCAAUCAUUCGCAUCAAACUUAGAGUGUCGGACGGGUCUCAAAAUGGACGCUAAGCGUAACUCAACCGGGCACUGGAUCAUGACGGUGGAGGCAGAGAGCUCGGUGAGGCCUGGAGAGCAGCCGAGAAUCCAAGUCAGUUCAGAUUUCGCUUCAUCGCCGAACCGUCCGGGGACUUUCUUGCUCACAUCCACAGUGGUCUUUCAACGGCAGCCCCCAUCGGACUACGAGCUCAUCCUGGGGGAGGGCUACUACAAGCUGCAUACGGGUGGUCGUCGGUGGCCUGAAGCCAUGAAAGUGUGCGAGUCUGAGGGCGGACAUUUAAUGGUGAUCGACACCCAGAGGGAAAGCAACGUUAUACGGGAACUCUUCGCUCGCGAGCCCAAGAUCACCAACGCGUACAACAAUCUGUGGCUGGCUGUUGGCUUCCACGACCGCUACGUUUCGAAACGCUACGAAACUGUCACAGGUCAACUGCUUUCUGACAAAUAUGUUAACUGGAGUGCUGGAGAACCCCAUGGAGAAAAUCAACACUGCGGGAUAAUCAACAGAGCAACUGAGAUGGCAAUUGACCCAUGCACCACGUUAUGGGCGUUUGCAGUGCGUGUACCUGAAGAAGAAGAAGAAGAAGAAGAAGAAGAAGAAGAAGAAGUGCAGUGCAAGGUUUUAUCGCGUGAUGUGGUUGUGAUCUUGCCCUGCCGAAUG